AUGACAGGAAACAUUGGAACUACUGAACAGUCCAGUAUAGGGAUUGAAAAAACACCUUCUGAUGUUGUUCCAAUCAAUCAUCCUUAUUAUUUAAAUGCUUCGGAUUCACCUGGAAUGAAUCUUUUGAAUGUUAGCUUUGAUGGGACUAGUUAUGGAAAUUGGAAGAGAGGAAUACUCAUUUCACUCUCUGCCAAAAACAAACUAUGCUUUAUAAAUGAUAAAUCAGAAAUUCCCAAAGAGGACUCAACUCUGUUUGAUCAGUGGAGAAGAUGCAACGACAUGGUCAUUGCAUGGUUGCUCAAUUCCCUUAGCAAGGAUAUUGCUGAAAGCUUGAUUUACUCCUUGACAGCCUCAUAUCUGUGGAAUGAGUUGGAGGAAAGCUGUGAGAGCAAAUAUUUUGAUGAUGAACCACUUCCAUCUGUUGGUCAGGCCUAUUCCAUUUUACUAAACCAAGAAUCACAAAGAGAGGUACAUUCUGGGAAUCUAGUGGGAACAGAUUCCACUGCUUUUAGUGUGAACAAGUGGAAUGAUAGGAGAAGCUUCAACACAAAGAAAGAAUCUACACAAAUCUCCUAUCCAGAUUCUUCCCAUCCUAGGAAUUCCCAAAACACUAACCAAGGAAACAACUUAUUUUGCACUUACUGCAAGAAAACAAACCACACCAUCAGUAAUUGCUACAAGUUAAUAGGUUAUCCAGAAGGCUACAAAUUUACAAACAAGCCAAAGAAGCCUAUGGGAAAUGCUAGGGUCAAUGCAGUCAAUGCAGCAGAGGAAAUUAGUGGAGCUAAUGUUCUCAGUUUCCAGAGAAAUAACAUUGAAAUUCCUGAAGGACAAGCCUCUAAAGUGAAAGGAAUGAACAAACAUUCUGCAUUCAACAUCAACAAUUUCUCAAAAGAGCAGUGCCAGCAACUAAUUGACAUGUUCACUUCAGUACAAAAUGGAACUGGUUCCCAGGAACAACACACUGCAAACAUGGCUGGUAUAUCUAAAUUUUUUGCAGCCUAUACUUCUUCUAUCAAAAGGUUUCAGACAAGCCCCUGGAUAAUUGAUACUGGGGCUUCACACCACAUGACUUUUGAUAAAUCCCUAUUUCAUUCUUUUAAAUUACUCCCUCAUCCUGUUUCUGUAACUUUGCCUAACUCUUAUAAGGGCCAUACAAUUCAGAGGAAGCAGAUUUUUGGUGAAGCUGUUGGAGGCCUGUUCCUGCUGAAAGGUCACACAUCUGCAACCAUGUCUACAUCCAGCCUCCUUCACCCUUUAGAGAACAAAGUUAUUAAUUCUAGUUCUUUUAGUUCUGUUUCUCCUGUAGGUUCUAAGGUUCAAUCUGUUCCUACCAUACCCAGUUCUUGUUCAAACUUUUGUAAUCCUUCUUUCAUGAAUGAAAUGAAUUGCAAUUCACAGAAUUUUGUUUCUAACAAACUUUGGCACUUUCGACUUGGACAUCUGCCUUACAUUUCUAUGCAAAAGAUACUUGGUGAUUCUAUGCAACAACCUAAAAUAUUUGAUUUUCCUUGUGACAUUUGCCCCAUGGCAAGGCAAACCAAGUUGCCUUUCCCAAACAGUAGAAUUUCAUCACAAGCAUGUUUUGACAUGAUACACAUAGACACAUGGGGACCCUAUAAGACUCAAACCUAUAAGGGAGAAAAGUACUUCCUGACCAUUGCUGAUGAUUUUUCUAGAACAACUUGGACCUAUUUACUGUCUAGCAAGUCUAAUGCCUUUCCAGUUCUUAAGUCCUACUUGGCAUAUGUAGAAAGGCAGUUUGGGAAGAAAGUUAAGGUGGUAAGAUCUGAUAAUGCAUAUGAACUAGGUUCAGGACAUUUGCCUAGUGAUUUUUUUCUCUACACAAGGUAUUAUCCAUCAAACCACAUGUGUGGCCACCCCUCAACAAAAUGGGGUGGCUGA